CCGCGUCAGCGGGGGCGGGGCUCACCGCCUGGCGCCACUUCCGGUGCGGUCCAAGAUGGCGGACCUGCUCGGAACUAUCCUGAGCUCAAUGGAGAAACCUCCGAGUGUGGGCGACCAGGAGAGCCGGCGGCAGGCCCGGGAGCAAGCGGCCAGACUGAAAAAGAUGCAAGAGGAAGACAAGAGACACAAAGCAGAAUUCAGGAAGCGGAUGGAGAAACUGAUUUCCGAUUUCAUCCAGAGCAGCACACAGAAAAAUAAGAAGUUUGAUCCAAUGAACAAGCUGGAGAGGAGUAUUCUACACGAUGUGGUCGAAGUGGCUGGCCUGACCUCCUUCUCAUUUGGGGAUGACGAUGAGAGUCGAUAUGUGAUGAUCUUCAAAAAGGUAUUACGUGAGAAAGGAAGGUCCAGGCACCAGUGUGGGGGCAGAGUGCUGUCCAUGGAUCUCGCACUUGCCUGGGCUAAUGUCACUGUGACGGGCUGUUGUUGCUCUCAUCUGGGGCUUUUUAAAUAUUCAGUAAACUUUGGCUGGGUCAAUGUUUGCAUGUGCUGGAGCGUAGACCCACAAUGUCCCUGAGGGAGGGAAUCCCAGGAUUCUGACCCAGCCACAC